GUUAGUUUGAAGAAGGAAGGAUACAGGGUUUUGAAACAGCAAAUCCGAGCCCAGAAGCUUGAAGCAGCCUUGAGCAGUUCUUCAGUUCUUCUCCUCCUCCUGCAACUUAUCUUCUUUCUACAUGGAGCUGCUGCCCGGCCUUUCUUCGUUCUCAGUCAGACCGCCGCCGCCGCCUAUCGUCUCCACCUCAAGGAAUUACCCGUCUUCUCUCCCUCUUCACUGCAAUCUGAGCCGAUUACCAUCAUCCGCCAAUCCUAAAUUCAAAGGUUGUCAUUUUGCUAAAUCAACGAGACAACAUCUAUUUCUGCCACAAGCUGUAGUUAGUGAUACAGCUAAAGAACAGAGUGAUUCGAUUCAAGAAUGGGAACAACAACAACAAUCAUCUGUGGGAGAUGGUUUUACUGAUGAACAUAGUGAGAUCACAGAUUCAGAAGUGAAAGAUGAUACGAAAAUGACUCGAGUAUGUGACAAACUGAUUGAGGUUUUCAUGGUUGAUAAACCUACUUCCACUGACUGGAGAAGAUUACUAGCUUUUAGUAGGGAAUGGGAUAACAUCAGACCUCACUUCUACCAGCGGUGUCUUGAUCGAGCAGAUAGUCAGUCUGAACCUGAAAUGAAACACAAACUACUACGAUUUGCAAGGAAGCUGAAAGAGGUUGACGAAGAUGUUCAAAGACAUGAUGAACUUCUAGCAGUGUUAAAGAACGAACCAUCGGAUAUCAAUGAAAUUGUCACCAGACGUCGAAAAGAUUUCACGAAAGAGUUCUUCAUACAUCUCCACACCGUAGCAGAAUCUUAUUACGGAAAUCCAACAGAACAGAACACCGUGGCAAAGCUUGGUAACCUCUGCUUGGCUGCAAUCCAAGCUUACGAUACUGCAUCAGAAAAUAUCGAAGCACUGAAUGCUGCGGAAUUGAAGUUUCAAGAUAUAAUUAAUUCUCCUUCUUUGGACGUUGCAUGCCGAAAGAUAGAUGACUUAGCCGCAAAAAAUCAACUAGAUUCAGCACUAGUGCUUAUGAUCACGAAAGCCUGGUCAGCUGCAAAGGAAUCGGACUUGACAAAAGGAGAGGCAAAAGAUAUACUUUAUCAUCUAUAUAUGACAGCGAGAGGCAACCUUCAAAGGCUUAUGCCUAAGGAAAUAAGAAUUCUGAAAUAUCUUCUCACAGUUGAGGAUCCACAAGAACAGUUAUCGGCCUUAAGAGAUGCGUUCACACCCGGGGAAGAACUUGAAGGAAAGGACAUCGAUGCUCUUUACACGACUCCGGAAACGCUAUACACUUGGAUGAAGGCUGUAGUAAAUGCUUAUCAUUUUAGUAAGGAUGGAACUCUUUUAAGGGAAGCUAAGGAUUUGAUGAAUCCGAAAGUAAUACAGAGAUUGGAAAUAUUACAGAAGCUUGUUGUGGACAACUUCAUGUGAUAGUGUUAAUGUUUUUCGUUGAGAAAGACUCGGUGAAUUUGUAAGUUAAAACCCGAUGGAAGAGAAAGGGCGGCGGUUCACAAUAAAGUGUGAAGUUGUCGAGAUCGAAAAGAAGGAACUUUCGGAUGUUGUGCCUGAAUUGGAAGGUAAGGGAAAACGGUUGUACAUAUAAGGUCUGUUUUCGAAUAGCAAUUUCUCACAAUAUUGGAUUAAUUUAUAACAGUUUUACUGCUGUAUUUAAUAAUUUUGAAAAUUGAUAUUUUAUGACAAACACAAACACAAAUUUCAUUGAGUUUCGAAUUAUUGGUAUAAGAUUGUUUUAUAGA